UAUUAAUGGUAUUUGAAAAAAGCAAAUAUGACUAACAUUUUGAGUUACCAAAAAUAGUAAAAGUAACUAUCAAUCGGGGACGGAGGGAAUACUUCAUGUGACUUAAUUUUGUAAUUAAUGUUGCAUUAAAACCUUGAAUCUACAACAAAUUUUCUUAAAAAAAAAAUACAAAAGGUGAAAAAUAUGAUGUUAUUAAUUGAUGUCACCUAAACUUCAACUCCUUUCUUGAUGACAAUAACCAAAGACUUUGAAAAGUCAAUCCCGCGCAACUCCUUCUUACAAAACCCCUCCAUUCUUUUACUCAUUCACUCUUAUCUCUCCUUUGAUCCUCUCCUCAAAACUCAAACCCAAAAAAAAAAAAUGUUGUUUGAUCGAACAAGCUCAUCAAUAUCAUCAUCAACUUCGACAUCACGUAGUUGGUCGGGCUCGAACUCGAAAGUACUAGCAAUCGAAUGCAUAAGAGGUACCUCAAGAGCCGACGAAUGGAGUGGAGGACUACUCCAAACCGGCGAUAUCGUUGAAGAGAUCCAAGUUGGUGAAUUGAUCCUACGAUCACCCUUUAAGGAUGGUAACUCUGGUGUUCAGAAACAUUUGCAUAAGGGCUUUAAGAGCAAGGAAACUGCGGUUCGAGUUCGAGUUCGACGCGGUGAGUUUGACUCUGCUGUGUUGGUUGGUUGUAUUGUUCCUGAAGGAAGGAAGAAGAAGCAACAGUAUGUUUUGAGAGCUAUUGAUGAUCCUAAUUAUGCUGUUGCUUUUAUUGAUCGUUCUGAGACUGAGUGCUUACAAUUACAAGCUUCUAGGGACUCCAGGUUACAUCACACGUUAAACAGCACUCAAAUCGAGGAUGGUUAUGUAGCCUAUCCAUGGGAACGGAAGAUGCAGACAACGCUACGAGUCCCAAAUUCAAGCAGUUUUUUCUCCAUCCUGUUCUUGCCAAAGGCUUCAGAAACAGGACGUGGGCGUUAUAAUGAUGUGGAGGAUACUCUUGCUAGAGCUAAUGCAUGGUUUAACGCGGCUCAGGCAUCAGGGAUCCCAAUAACCUUAACAAACAUUCAGACUGAAUCAUUACUUACGAAGAUUUCUGGUGAAACAGCUUCUUCCACAGUGAGCACUUCAUCAUUGUCAGAUUUGCCAAAUCUUGCCAAUGCAAGCCUGUAUGGAUUUGAGGACUACCACGGAGUCGACAUUGGAGUAGUCAGAGCAAUUCGUCUCUGGUACUCUCCCAUCCAAGAGUAUCCAAUCGAGAUUGACAUAGAAGAGGGUGAUGUAAAGCUCGGUUUUGCUGUAAGUCGCACUGAAGAGGGAUUUAUAUACAUAUCAUCAAUUCUAGAAGGUGAUGGAAAUGUCCCUUCUGCAAGAUCAGGCCUGAGUGAGUUGUAUAAAGAAGCAUCAAGAGACUCUAAGCUUCUAGUGAUAUCGCGAGUAAACAACCAAAAAGUCCUUCCUUGGAUUGUUUCUCCAUCAAGUGCUAUCCAAUGCUUUGAUACCGUUUCCCUUAGCCAGAAGCUAUCCUUACACCGCCAUGCUCGAGCACCCUUGCUUUUCCAUGUUUUGAUGCAGGACUCACAGUUUGCUUCUAAUUCUGCACGAUCACAAAGUGGUCCUGCUCCAUUAGCUAUGCCAGUUUGGCCUAACAGCCUUCAGAGUCCUCGAUAUUCUGAUGGUGAUCAUAACCAACCUCCUUCACCAUCCUCGGGUUCCCCUGGUGCUGGACUUAAUGGUGGUGGAACUGAGAUAGGAUUGGCUAGAGAUACAGCAGGGGAAGAAUCUUUCAGAUUUCAUGAUUUCGCGCUGCCUGCCAACUGGGUGUAAUAUAUGUCUUGAAAGUUAUGUAUGGAAUGAAGCGUGUGCAAUAUGAAUGGCAUUGAUAAUUUGACAUAUUCUUAAUUAGUUCUUAGUUAGAUCAUAUAUUAUUACCAAAAAAGUGUGGAAGCAGCAAAUUAUGUUGCUGCUUUGUAUAUAUACAGGUGAGUGUUGGAUGGAUUUCAAGUUCAGUCUUGUGUGAAUGUGGCAAAGUGAUGUGUGAGUGUUAGUGAUUCAGUUUGGUAAAUUUGUGUGUGUGACUGAUAGAGUGAGGCAUUUUGGUGAAUUUAAUUCGAUUAAAUUGUUAACAUUGAGCAUGGCCUUUUGUAUAUGGGGAUUGUUGACACUUAACAUUGUUUAGUCGUUUAUUUGCGUUAUGUUACAAGAAA